UCUGAGGGAGAGGCGGGCGAUGGCGGAGGGCUCGGCUCUGCUGCCCUCCGAGGUGCCGGCUGCUCUUUCUACGGCCCCCGCCUCCCCCCGGGCCGCCGCGCUCGCGGGGCUGGGUGUGUCAGCCCCGGAGGGGACCCAAAAUGGUUCCUCCCCUCAGCCCCGCCGGCAGAGAGCGGGAAGGGGAAUCGCGGCUCGCGGGAGAGGCGUCCCCGAGGAAUACAAAUCGGGAUAAUCCGGCUGGGGCCGCAUGCCUCUCCCGGCGGCCCGUUCUCCCAGUAACGCCGCAGCAACGCCAGGCUGAUGGGUUUAGUCUCAGGCAGCGGGUGCCGUGCGGUUCCCUAGGCUCAAACCUGCGCUCGCACGCCUGACCGACACUGAUAAAUCUUUCAUGCACUCACACAGGCUGUUUCUCAGCAGAGCAGAAUAAAGAGUUUUUACACAGCAAGUUGGGGCUGAAGAACAGCAACCGCACUUAGAAAGGAAGGACUGUAAGCUCUGCAGCUUACAGGUCCCAAUGCAUUCCCCGAACAUGAAGGUUUGUCUUAGGAGUUCCCAAAAGUUCCUCUUGGGAGCUGAGGACUUGCAAAGUGGCAGUGAACAGUGCCCUCCUGAUCCAGUCCAGGUGUCUCUUGUGCCUUGAUCACAGUCCUGAAGUCCAAAGGGAUGAAAAUGUCUCCUCUGCUCUGCAAAACCACACCGAUAUUCCCGAAGAAAGGAAAUCCCUAUCCAGUGAAGCAGAGCUGUUGCUGGGCUGUUGCUGCCAUCUUCUGCCCACUUGGAAUUUUGCUGCUCACGACUUCCCCAGUCUUUGGCCCAUGUCAAGGAAAAGGAGGCCACUAAAGCCACCUGGGGCUUAAGCUCCCCAAAGCCAGAGAGGAUUUUGUUGGCAAGCUUGUGAUGGAGCCCUGGGCCCCUGUCCAGCCACCCCAGCCCAGGGAGAGGCCGGCAUCCCGGGGGUCAUGGGCAGAGGGGGACCGUGGCCCCCCAGCACCGCUCCGGCGGCAGCUUCUGCACACAGGAGCUCCUCGCCCCGGUUCCUGGCACGGGAGACACCUCCUCGGUCACUCCUGGGAUAAGGGCCACCACCCCCGGGAUGAGGGCCACCGUCCCCAGAGUGACGCCCGCCGGCCGGCUUCCCACUAUGACAGCAGCUACCCCAGCCAGCCCUACUCCAGGCAGUAUCCUGCAGCUGGCUAUGGAAAUGGCUACCCCUACCAAAGCCACCCGUGGCAGCCAGUGGCAUGGCAGGAUGACAGAGACCUGAGACAGGGAGAGUCUUACAGCAAGAGUUACCGGGACCAGCACUACUACAGGGGCUACCACCCCAGCCUGGCCACGGGCCCCCCAGGGCAGGACAGGACACAGACCUACAACUCCAGUGAGGAGAGCUACAUCUCGACUGCCAGGAGGGAAGGGACAAGGGAAGGAACCCUUGGCAGUGAUUCAGGGGAAGCUGGUGGCCAGCCCAAAGAGCUCUCGGGCCAACCCAGCCUGCUCCUGCAGUACCACGAGUCAGGACUCAGCUCCAGCAGCCAUGAGCUCAGCCAGUACAUCCGUGAUGGUGCCGACCACUAUGACCCUGUGCUUACAGGGCCCUGGGAUGUGGGACAAACAGAGGGGUCCUUGGUGUCCUCCUCGACCCCAGUUGUCCCCUUCAAGUUCCCACAGCUGCACACGGCGCUGUGCUUUGGAGCUGGGGGCCACCUGGUGCUGGUGUGUCCCUACUGCCCUGCUGAGGGACAGCUACCCCGUGUUGAGCUGCACAGCCUGGAGGCAAUCCUUCAUGGCACAGAAGAACUAGAGGAGCUGCAAGCCUUCCCUGGGCCGCUGGCCAGGGAAGAUCUGCACAAGGUGGAUGUGAUGACAUUUUGCCAGCAGAAGAUAACCACAGGCUGUGAUCUCUCAACACAGAGGGGCAGAGAUUCUUCUCUCCUCUGGAAACUCCUGGUCCUCCUCUGCCGACAGAAUGGGUCCAUGGUGGGCUCGGAUGCGGCUGAGCUGCUGAUGCAGGACUGCAGGUGCCAAGACAAGUACAAGAGGCAGGGCCCUGCAGCCACCCUGAUGGGCCUGAUGGACGAUGAGUGGGCAUCGCGCCAGCCGGGCACAAUGGACCUCAUCACCGGGGAGGUCCCUCCCAUCGUGGAGACACAGGCACAGAUUGUGGAGAAGUUCACCAAGCUCCUCUACUACGGCAGGAAGAAAGAUGCUCUGGUCUGGGCCAUGAGAAACCAGCUGUGGGGCCAUGCCCUGUUCCUCUCUAGCAAGAUGGACGCUCGGACGUACAGCUGGGUCCUCACCGGGUUUACCAGCACGCUUGCCACCAACGACCCACUGCAGACCCUCUUCCAGCUCAUGUCAGGAAGGAUCCCUCAGGCAGCACUGUGCUGUGGGGAUGCCACAUGGGGUGACUGGAGGCCCCACCUGGCUGUGAUAUUGUCCAACAAGGUUGGAGACACGGAGCUGAACCACCGAGCCAUUGUCACCAUGGGAGAUUCUCUGGCCAGCAAGGGAGCAGUCGAAGCAGCUCAUUUCUGCUACCUGAUGGCAGAUAUUCCUUUUGGUUACUUUGGAGCAAAGGCGGAUCGCAUGGCCCUGCUGGGCAGCAGCCACCGCCAGGCGUUUUCCCAGUUUGCCAGGACAGAGGCCAUCCAGAGGAUGGAAAUCUUCGAGUACUGCCAGCAGCUACGCCAGCCCGAAUCCUUCCUGCUCCCCUUCCAGGUGUACAAGCUGCUCUAUGCCUCCCGCCUGGCUGACCACGGGCUGCCAGCCCAGGCCCUGCAGUACUGUGAGCACAUCUCCACCGUGCUCCUGCGCCAGGACCCGGCCGCACACCCCGUCCUGGCCCGGCAAGUGGUGAGGCUGGCAGAGCGGCUGAAGCUCUCCGACCCUCUGCUCCUGGAGAUGCCGGAGCAGGACCAGGUGCUGGAGCCUGACUGGCUGGAGCAGCUCCGAGCCUGCUGCUGGGAGUUUGAGGUGGAAGAUGAUCUUCCUCCAGAGGUGGCACCCACUCAUCUGGAGCUGCCCUGUGCCGUUCUACCAGCAGCAGAUGAAGAGCCUGGUGAUGAGAUUUCCCAGAGUGAAGACUACCAGUAUGACCAGUGGUUUGAGCCUGUGCCACCCCAGGUACCGAGCACCCAGGAGGAUGUGUCCCUCAGGUCCCCAGCACCUGCUCAGGUCGUGGCAUCACCACUGCCCAGCGUUGGGAGAGACCUGCAGCACCCUGUGCUCGGCCAAGGGACACAUGGCCCUCUGGGAGAGGAUGUUGCUGAGCCCCCUCCACAGCCAGUGCUGCCAGCAGGAGAAGCUGGGGAGCCCUGGAAUGCCAGGCUGUCCCCUGGAGGGGUGCAGCCAGUCCUCCCCACAGAGCAGGAGGAGUUACCGACCAGGAUUCGGACUGUCUCUGAGACAUCCACUGUGUCCCUGGGGGACAGCCGGCCCUCCUUGGACAGUGCAGAUGAGGACACUGCCGGAGAGUGGGCAGAGGCCACGAAGCCCGAGGAGGACAAGAGCUCUGGAUUCAGGUGGUUUGGCUGGUUUCGGUCGAAACCCACCAAGGAAGCUUCUCCCAAAGCUGAGUCUGAGACAGACUCAGACUCUCCCACAUCAGGAUCACAGGAGUGGACGUCACCAUCCCCACCCAUUGCCCCUCUUGCAGCUGGGACAAACCCUUUGGCUCAGCCGCUCUCCAGAAAUCCUGGAGGAAUGCAGGGUGAAAAUACCUUUGCUGUUAGUCAAGUGUCUGCAGAUGUGAAAGGCUCGUGGGAGAAGGAGGGAAGGCAGUCAGCAGGACAGCAGACUGGCUACCCUGGACCUCUCCCACCAUUGGCUUCAAUUCCUCUUUUCAACCCUGCCCAGGUCUCUCAGGUUGCUGCCCGACCCACCCAACCCAGGCUGCUUUCCCGGCAUCGCUACCCCAACCCACUGUGAGGUGGUGGGUGGGUGGAGGAUGGCAGAGACCAAUUACAGAAAGACAGCCACUGGAAGAACUAGAAUCUCUGGAGAUGUCCCUUCUGGAGAGCCACCCAAGUUAGAGACAGCUGUGGUACCAAGAAGCCCCUGCUCAGGCUGGAGACCCAGUGCCAGAUGCUGUGUGUGCUCGUGAAAGGAGUGGGAGCCAGCUUGGAGAGCCAUGCAGGAAGAACCCAGUCCUGCAGCUGUUGAUGUUUUGAAGUUAAGAAAACAUUUAAAUGAUUAAAAAAAAAAUGCCCAGCCUUGGUUUAUCAAGGGAACUUCUAAUGAGAAGAAGGGGAAGGAGAGCAGACACAGGAAGGGCAGCAGAGACUAACAGCCUGGCAGAGCACUUGUCAUCUUGACAACACAGCCCUGUCUUGGAGUGCUCUGUGCUCCAGGGUUGCUGCGCCUCUGUAUGGAGUUCCAAACCCCCAACCCUUCUUACUCCAGAACUUCCAAAGUGCACCUUCCACCUCCCUCAAAUGCCUUUCAGCUCUCCCUGCUGCAGCAGGACCUACUCCAUCUCUCCUGUCCAGAACCUGUGCUGUGGGAUUUCAGAAACAGAGACAUGAACUGUGCUUCCAGAAAUCCAAAGAUGGUGCCUACAACCAUGGACUUGUGUUGAAUCUGCAUUACCUGCACAUGGGAGUAAAAAGCAUCAUCUCCUCAAACAUGCCUGCAACCAAAACCAUCGUAUUGUUAAGGCUGAAAAGACCUCUAAGAUCACUGAGUCAGACUUAACCCAGCACAGCUGUGUUCACCUCUAACCACGUUCCCAAAAUAGCCAUAGGAGAGCAGGAUGCUUUAUGACUGUUCCUGUGCUGUGAGAAGGUUCUGUGGCAGAGCUUAAGGCUCAUACAUUGACAUCGGAUGCUGCUGAAAAGGCAUGUGAUUGGUUUUUUCAUAGUGAGGGACUUCUUGGCAUUUUUGAAAAGCAAACUCCCAACUAGGAGGCAGAACAAGAUGGGCAUGUGAGAUGGGAGUUGUGCCAUGAGCCAGAGCAUCUGCUGUAUUGGAGGGUCUGAACUGUCCUGUUGCUUUCAUCACAUCCCCAGGCAUCUCAUGGCACCUCUCUGCAUGCAAAGAAACAUCUGGAAGGGUGCAAAUGCCAAUCUGUGUUUGUACUGGCCCUCUGUAACAAAGCCAGUCAAUGCAGCAAAUCCCAGCAUCAGUUGCACCAGGAAGAGAUGGAGACACAGUCCAGAUGGACACUGGAGUGGGGGCCCUGCCUAGGAGCCUUGCCUGGAAAUGGUUGUCUGUGGUAGUGUGGGGAAUGGGCUAAAAUUGGGGAUCUUAGUCCAUGCUCUCUCUUGCAGCUGUAUAUGGUUUUUUUCUUCCUUUCUAGAUUGGCUUUAAGGUAUGGGAAAGCAUGGAGAUUCUUCCCACAGGAGAGAUUUGCUGAGGUCCUUAGCUGGUACAAAUCAAUCAAGCUCUAACUCACAAAGCACUCUAUGGGGACACAACUUUGAUAGGAACCUUCCCUCUGAAGUUUGAUGUGAACUCCUUUUCUUCCAGCCACACAUUUUCCUCUUUUCAUUACAAAAAUAAAAGCUGUGACAAAGCCUGGCAUAGCCCCAAAGUUGGUCCCCACCUCCCUUGUCCCAGCCUUCGUGCCCUCAAAAACUGUGAGUCAUCACCUCUUGGCUC